UGGUCUAUCGAUGUACGUGUACUCUCCAGCAAUAUUAACAAGUUUUAAUCAGUUUGAUUAAGAGAGACCUGCAUACUAACUCUUGAUACUGUAGUAGGGAAGCACAUAAUGCACUAACCGCUAGGAGCAAUCUUCAGUAUGGACACACCACGUAAGCAGAGCAUCAAACCCAACACCUCAAUUUCAGCAAGCACGGGAGAAAACGAAGAAGUUAAUCUUGUCCGCCAACUUGGAAUAUUCUCUUACACUGUGUUAAUUGUUGGAACAGCUAUUGGUUCUGGUAUUUUCAUUUCCCCAAAAGGAGUAUUAGAAUACACACAUACCGUUGGGUUGUCGAUGGUGGUAUGGAUACUUUGUGGUGUUCUUUCUACAUUUGGUGCGCUCAGUUACGGGGAGCUAGGCACAACAUUUUCUAAAUCCGGAGGAGAUUUUAUAUACCUUUUAGAAUCGUUUGGACCUAUGACGGCAUUUCUUAGAGUAUGGACAUGCCUUGUAGCUGUCAUUACUGGAUCAUAUGCUGUUUUGGGUAUAACGUCAGCUACGUAUAUUCUAACACCUUUUUAUCCUGACUGUCCUGUUCCGGAUUUGGCCGUGCGUUUCCUUGCUGCGGCAAUAGUGUGUGCAAUUUUCUUUGUGAACUGCGUCAGCGUUCCUUUAUCAUCUCAUCUAAAUGUUUUAUUCACCUUUGUCAAAGUUGCUGGCUUGGUUGUGAUCGUUGUUGCUGGUAUAGUGUUGCUUAUUCAGGGAAACACAGAAAAUUUUGAAAAUGCAUUCCAGGGCGACGGAGACUUCAAAUGGAUAGAACUACCGCUGUCAUUUUAUUCCGGCCUUUUUGCAUAUGCCGGAUGGGAAAUUACAGCUUCUAUGACCGAAGAAUUAAUUAAACCAUCAAGGACUAUUCCCGUCUCAACUCUCAUUGCCAUGACAAUAGUCUCGUUUGUGUUUAUCAUGGCAAAUGUUGCAUAUUUUACCGUUCUUACUCCUGCCGAGAUCAUGGCAUCUGAUGCUGUUGCAUUGAGUUUUGGUCAGAAGGUAUUCGGUAACAGUGGCUGGAUCCUAUCUGUUGUAGUAGCAUUUUCGUGUAUAGGUGCAAUGAAUGGCGGAGUCUUAUCAACCUCCAGAAUGAACUAUGCCGCGUCACGUGAGGGUCAAUUGCCUAAACUUGUGUCGAUGAUACACAUUAAUUACAAAACACCAAUGCCGUCUGCAGUGAUUAUGCUUCCAAUCAGCAUAAUUUUGCUUGUUGGUGAUAGUGUGUACAGUCUUAUCAAUUACCUUAGUUUCACAAGAUGGUUGUUUGCCGCCCUCACCGUUGCCUCAGUACCAUAUUUCAGAUGGAAGUAUCCAGAUUGGGAACGUCCAUUCAAGGUUAACCUGUUAAUACCAAUCAUCUUUGCCAGCUUCACUUUAUUUGUAGUCCUUGUCUCCCUUGUAUCAGCACCAAAGGACUGUGGGAUUGGACUGCUUAUUAUGUUAGCUGGUAUUCCAGUGUACUUGAUAGGCGUGUGUUGGAAAAACAAGCCGAUGUGGUUUGAAGAAGGAAUAGAUAAAUUCAAUGCAUUUGGUCAAAAACUCAUGUUGGUCGUUGAAAGUGAGAAGAAAGAAGACUGAUACGGGCACAACACAACUCAAAACUAAAAGGCAGUGUUUAUGUAGCCGGUAGUUCGCUUAGGCCUAUUAUAUUAUUUUAGUUAGGGCAACCUCUAACUCUAACCUUAAUGAUAGGCAAAGUUUUAGUUUUAGCCGGUAAAAUACACUAAAGGCGUUUUUGGUAUAACGUUCAGAAAAAUUAAACGCUAAUUGUAAGCUGUGGUUAAAGAAUUUAAAACAAAAAUGAUUUAAUACGAUACAAAUGUCAAUUCUGAGUCUAUGUCUGAGUUCAGUGUAUAAAAAUUUACUGCAUACCUACCGCAUAUAUCUAUCAUAAUACUCUAUAGUAAACUUAAAAACUUUUAAAAACAAUAAUUAAAUAGUACUAAUUAUUUCUAACUGUUUUGUACGUAUUUCAUGGAUUAUUCCUAUGAUAACCAUGGACCUAGGUCCAUGGGAUAACUAUGUUAACAUAACUGCCUUUGGCGUUGCUCUUGUUUUAACUUACUUUUUAUGUAAACAUACUUAUUAAGCAAAUAAACAAGCUGUUUGUGAUUGGCUAUUACAUUUAUUGUUGAUCCUGCAGUGUGGUUUGGCAAUGUUGCUAAUUCCGAAGAAGUACAUAAGUAUAGUCAUGCGAUUUAAUAUAAAAAGAUACUCUGUUCAGUCUGUUGAUAUACUACACUAUACCCUAGGAUUGAGUAAAAAAUGUAUUCUGUUUUAAAGUGUAGGCUAUAUAAUCGUGCCAAUUGUUUUGCAAUCAAAAAUUGCAGUAUCGAAUGAUCAAAAAAUUAAAAGGCUAUCAAAAUCUGUAUAUAACCUUUAGACCUCAACAAGGAAGUAUUAAAUCCACUUUUGUUCUCACAAAAAA